AUGGUAGUAGGAUGUAAAAAGAGUGGUAAAUCAUCAUUUUUAGAUACACUGGUGGGAAAGACAAUAACUAAGAAUGAAAAUAUUUUAGAUAUUAACAUUUAUAAGCUUAACUUAGACUGUGAUGAUAAAUCAUACAAAAAAGUGACCUUAAUAGACACACCAGGAUUUGAUACUGAAAAUGACAUAGAGAUACAAGAAGUAAUAAUUGAUUUUAUUAAGGCACAAUACAAUUGUGCAUUAGAGGAAGAAUCAAAAAUAAGAAGAGAUGUAAACUUUGAGGAUCCUAAAGUACAUUGUUUAGUUUAUUUAAUACCAUCAACAAGUGAUGGGUUAAAACAGAAAGAAAUAAUGUUUCUUAAGAAAGUUUCUAAAUUAGUAAAUAUAAUUCCAGUUAUUUCAAAAGCAGAUGGAUUAACAUCAAAUGAAACAUUAAGGUUAAAAAAGUAUAUUUUAGAUCAGUUAUAUUAUCAUAAAAUAGAAAUAUUUAACUUAGACACACCAGAUUCUGUAAAUCAAUCAGACUUAGAACUCAAUGUGAAUUCUGAUCUUCCAUUAACAUUUGUUUCCGACUUAUUUAAAGAAAAAUUAUCAACAAACUUUACAAAAGGACAAGAUUUUAACUUCCAAUCAGAGUUUCAAGUUUUAAAAGAUAUUCUUCUUAAUAUACACAUAGAAACACUAAUAGAAACAACAAACACAACACUCUAUGAAAAUUACAGAACAGAAAUGCUAGAAAACAAACUAAAGAAAUAA